UUCCUAUAACCCAUUUCAUCUUUACUUUCACUGUGAACUGAAUUUAUUUUCAUUGUGUUUUCUUUUUCUUCGAACGGAUCCUUUUACUUGAUCCCUAUUCUUGUAAUGAAGCCAUAGUAGUAUGCGUGGGACGUUGAUCGUCAGUGCCCACGGGUCAGAUGAGCAAAUGGAAGCUCGAUUGCUUCUAGUGCGAAUAAAUUCAGUGCUACAAUUCGUACUCAUAUUUCUUACAAUCAUCAGAUCUUACGUGCAUGCUUCGACUACUGGGCAGGCAGGUUAUGUGGACAAAUACAUUACGAAAACUUAUUUUGAGAAACACGACAGUUUGAUAGAUCCAGAAUUCGAUAAUUUUAUAGCAAAUGAAAUCCCACUUACUUUGUGCAAAGUGCUUGAAGAUGGAAAUUGUGUAUUGCCCACACUGUCAAAUCUACACCGAAGUGUUAUUGGUGAAGGUUCUCAUCGUCACUUAUCUUCUUCUAUCAUAUUUAAGUUCCAGCCAGAACUGAAAAUCAAGUUGGUUGCACAUUCUUGUGAAGUCAUAAUGACUGAAAGACUGCCCUCAGGGGUGUUUGCUGAUCCUUUUGAGCUCCAGCAUCUUGUCCAGCGUGGUGUAUUCAGCGAUGCAGCUGUGUUUGGUGAUACAAAUUUAGAACUACCUUCUUUUCGCUCAAAUCGUUCGGUUGUUGAAAUACAUAUGAGCAUUGGUUCCAAAAUGUUGUCAAGACACCACGAUAAAUUCGAGAUCAACUGUGAGGUUCCAUUGCAUGCACGAUAUCCACCUUUAGGACUUGGCUUCUCAAGGGUUGAGUUUGGGCAACCCGAUUUAUUUAUGUGUUGCAGCCUUGAAGUAAAUGGAUUUAAGAGAAGCUGUGCUUACUUGCCUACCAACAAUAUUUCUGACUACAAAGCUAGUCCUCUUGCAUGGGAAAUACCCUGUGGGAUCAGGGAACAUGCAGGAGUCGUAUCUGCUAUUACUUACUGCUUCGCUCUUGUGUCCGCUCUGCUUAUCGUGGUGUUAUCUUUUUGUUAUACAGAUAACAAAGGCUCUAGCAAGCCGAAAAGUUUGUAAUCAACUUGUCUACAUUUCUUGAAUGUUUUUUAUUCAAGGGAUCUACGUGUCAUUUUGCUUAGUUAACGAAAUCUUUCUCCUGUGAA